CACCACCGGCAACCGUCUGGCGAGAUGGUGCUAUAAAUACGGUGCUCCACUGCUCUACCUGCAUCAGUCUUGUGAUACCAGACAACAUGAAGUUUGUGGUUCUCGCCCUCCUGGCCACAGUGGCCACCGCCGCUCCCCAGUACUCCGCUCCUGCCCCUGCUCCUCGCUACGGUGAUUCCAGCGAGGAGGUCCCCAUUAUCAGGCACGACUUUGUACAGGGUGACUAUGGCGGCUACCAACUUGAUAUGGAGACCGGCAACGGCAUUAAGGUCUCAGAGUCUGGCGCUCCCGGAGCCGAAGGUGCCAUCGCCAGCUCUGGAUCUUACUCCUACACCGCUCCUGACGGCACCCCAGUUCAUGUGACGUUCGUCGCCGACGAGAACGGCUACCAGCCCCAGUCUGACCUGCUGCCAGUGGCUCCCGCCUUCCCCCACCCAAUCCCUCAGUUCGUGCUGGACCAGAUCGCCUUCGCUGCUACCGAGGAACCUCGCCGGUACAGCUACGAUGAUUAAAGUAAACCUUGCUAAGGACGAGGCUCUCCCCGAUGCUUCUCAGUAAACAAAAUCAACAACGGAUCCUACACUGUCAUCCACCUUUCAUGUCGAAUGUCUUACUUUCUGUUUUAGACUUUCUUAUUUAUUUGUGUAUGUCUUUAUCAUAUUACAAGUGAGUACAUAACA